AUGUAUGCAGCGAGCGGUAGUUCGUUAAGCAGCUCGAUGAUGACGCCGUAUGCGAACACCGUCGUAAUCUCCUUCGUCAUGGUGAUCUCAGCGACUCAUAUCGAAGUCUGUGACUCGCUUACAGACGCGGAGGAGCUACUUGCUUCAGGAGGGGUCAGACCUGCGGGAACAGCGGUCAGUGAUGCAGCUAUCGCAGUCACCGUCCCUGUGUUUAUAAGCGAGUCCGUAGAAGCGUACAACAAGCCGCCAAAGGAUGCCGCUUCGUUCCUAUCUAGACCGAGUCGCACGGAGCUGGUCAAUGAACGUCAGUCGAAGAAGCAGUAA